AGAAGACGGCCACAGCCGUGGCGCACUGCAAACGGGGGAACGGGCUCAUCAAGGUGAACGGACGUCCCCUGGAGAUGAUCGAGCCGCGCACGCUGCAGUACAAGUUAUUGGAGCCCGUUCUGCUGCUGGGCAAGGAACGAUUUGCUGGUGUGGACAUCCGGGUCCGUGUGAAGGGUGGUGGUCAUGUGGCCCAAAUUUAUGCUAUCCGACAGUCCAUCUCCAAAGCCCUAGUGGCUUAUUACCAAAAGUAUGUGGAUGAGGCCUCUAAGAAGGAGAUCAAAGAUAUCCUCAUCCAGUAUGACCGGACCCUGCUUGUAGCCGAUCCACGUCGCUGUGAAUCCAAAAAGUUCGGAGGUCCUGGUGCCCGUGCUCGAUACCAGAAAUCCUACCGAUAAGCCCAUCUCAAGGAUCAGGGUUUACCUUUGUAAUAAACAUCCUAGGGUCAAUGUU